AUGAUUUCAACAAUCGGCACAACAACAAUUCAAACAACUACAGCACCAAACUCGCUAGUCAUGAAUCCUACGUCAAUGUUGGUAGAGAUGAAAAACUUCAUUCCUUCUUCAUAUACUUUUGAGACAGAAAUACAAAGAAUUAAGCAAGAACUUUUAACAAGUAAUUUAGACUGUAGUGCGAAAGAUGAAACAAAUGGAGAGGAGCUAUAUGAAAUGCAAGAUAUCAUAGACCAUUUGCCUAAAUUACCGGAAGUUCAGCAACAAAAACUAACUAUUCCUGAAUUCGAUGAAAUAGAAGUUAAAGUUACUGAUUCAGUAGAAAUAAAGAAAUUCAUACGUAAAGUAAAUUAUGAAUUCCUUGGUUUUCAUUGCAACCAUAAAGUUAUGGACAAAGAUUGCGACAUGGUUUAUAAAAACAUUUCUGACAUAUAUAAAUCUGAGGAGUUUAAGACUUACGAUAACUUUGUUUCAUUAGUUGCUGAAUGUGUAUGGCAGAUAAGAAAUAAAGAUAAAAGAUGUAAAAUAUGGAAUGGACAAAUAAAACCAACAACUUUUGAGUUAAAGAAAACCAUUGACGCCUUAGUUGUUCUAGCAG